GACUUCGAUGAUGUCAAGCCUUUUAAUAUACACAUUUAUUUUGAACUGUUUUGAUAACAUUCAUUUAGGCCGACGUACUUUAUCAAGAGAACACAUGCUUUUUGUAUUCCAUUGGUGAAGUGCCAAGUAAACACUGAUUGUUUCCUUUGUUUUCGCCGCUUAUGCAAGUUUUCAAAAUGCGUGCCCAUAAACGUGACAUAAACUUAUAAAAAGGCCAUGUUUCUCCUUUGUUGUGAAUCACUGAGCAAGAGGUCUUCUUGGAGCGUACCUGGAGUGGAUAACGGCUUUUCUCCCCAAAGUAAAUCUGGUGGUAUUAGUAUAACCAUGGCUCAUCUAAGCCAGAAUAUACUUCUACUUAUGCUGCUUGUUCCUGCGACUCUGGCAUGUGUCAGGAGUUUAGGAGGAGGUGCUACCUACGAUGGACCUGAUCAAUGUCAUGGUUUGCAGUGCCCAAGAUACAGAACCGUCACAGAGGUUCCCAAGAAAUACGAGAAGCGAGUUUAUGAGCCCGCCAAGUGGGUAUCUACUACAGUAAUGGGUCUUACUCAUGAUGAAGCUACAAGUACUGGAUUCAUGAGACUUUUCGACUACAUAGAUGGUGAAAAUGACGAAAAAAAGAAGGUUGAGAUGACCGCUCCCGUUGCGGUAAGGGUCAUCCCUGGACAAGGUCCAGCUUGUGAAACCAAUUUCACCAUCUAUUUCUUCGUUCCCUUCGAGUACCAAGAAGCAUCCAAUCCACCCCCUAACCCAAGCAAUCCUAAUAUUAGCAUCGUUGACUUCCCAGAGUUGACGGUUUAUGUUGGAAAAUUUGGAGGAAGGGCUGAGGACGAUGACUGGAUUGAGAACGAAACAAAACUGGGAAACAUCUUGAUCGAACUGGGAAUAACCUUUGAAGAGUCAGUGUACUAUACAGCCGGUUAUGAUAGCCCGUUCAGAUUAUGGUACAGACAUAAUGAGGUCUGGCUUCUCGCAAAAGACGCGGAAGACGCAGGAGAUACGAAUGUAAUAGAGUCUUUGUAAGAACUCAAUAAAAACAUUACAGUUAUCUAUCGAUGACGUAUUCGUGACGUAACGCAAUAUAGUCACUGAUACAACUCGCUGCAUUAAGUGGACAUCGUUUGGUCACAACUCGGAAGGAAAAUAGAAUUACGAACGUAUUUAGUUAUGGAAGUGUGGAUACAUUGUAUGACGUAAAUAAGUAUAGACCAAUGUCUACCCAAGCGAUAAUUGUUAGUGAGAUGAUUCCUUGGUAUAACAAUGAAGUGAUUUAAAUUGCACAAUAAAAAUGAUCACUAAUUAUUAUUUAAGUUACUGAAUGCGCAAUAAACUUAAUAAAAUCAAUAUUCAAUCGCAGUUGGAGUAAUCGUAGAUGAUAUACCACCCUGUAAUUGAUCGUGUACGUGACUUGAAAAAAAAAAGAAACAUUUAUCUACAU